CGCGAACUUCUCCCGCCAAGCGAAGUGACAUUGCUGAUUGUUACUAUGCUGUGCUGUGAUAUAGUUAUAGUGCACGCCAACCUACAAAAGUACAGUAUUUUAGUCAGCUCUCAACUUUAGAAAAUCUUAACACAGGUGAAAGUGGUGAAUAGUGUGAAAUUUUGUGUGUGGAAGUUAGGUUGAGUCCUGGAAUAACAUUAAUAAUUGAAAAACAUCAAUUGAAAAUGACUACUGUCACAUCUCUUCCUCAUUCUCUUUCUGAAAGCACCAGGGAAUUGAUUCCAAAAUCCAAAGUUUUGGUGGUAGGAGCUGGAGGAAUCGGAUGUGAAGUUCUGAAAAACCUAGCUCUGUCAGGAUUCGAAGAUAUUGAAAUUAUCGAUUUGGACACAAUAGAUGUUAGCAAUUUGAAUCGACAAUUUCUGUUUAGGAAAGAACAUGUUGGGAAACCGAAGGCAGCGGUUGCACGUGAAAGUAUAUUGAGUUACAAUCCUAAUAUCAAAAUAAAAGCUUACCAUGACAGUAUUACAAGUCAAGACUAUGGUGUAAAUUUUUUCAAGCGGUUCAUCCUGGUAUUAAAUGCAUUAGAUAACAGAGGUGCACGCAACCACGUAAAUCGAAUGUGCUUGGCUGCUGAUGUUCCUUUGAUUGAAUCUGGUACUUCUGGGUACUCAGGACAAGUGGAACUUAUAAAGAAAGGUGUUACUCAAUGCUAUGAGUGUCAACCAAAGGCUCCCCAAAAGACGUUUCCUGGUUGCACCAUAAGGAAUACGCCAUCUGAGCCUGUACAUUGUAUUGUGUGGGCGAAACAUUUAUUCAAGUAGGUCUAUUUUAUGUUGAUCAUUAAA